AUGAGUUUGGUGGACCCGAGCUUCGAACUGAUUGACCCGUGCCCCGACAUUUUCGCGUUGUUCAAACAGUUCGAUGACCAGUUCUUCUCUGGCCAACUCGCCAUGUGUGAAGUGAAAUGGAGCCCGAGAAUGACGACAUGCGCUGGGAUCUGCGUUUAUGAAGGUCGUGGUGGUCUGUGCUCGAUUCGGUUGAGCAAGCCGCUUCUUACUUUGCGGCCCAGAAAGGAUUUGGUGGAGACGCUUUUGCACGAGAUGAUCCACGCAUUUCUGUUUGUCACGCGUCGCUUCAACAUACGAGACGGUGCGGACGGCCAUGGUCCAAUGUUUCAAGAGCAUAUGCAUCGAAUUAAUGGCAAAGCGGGGACUCGUAUCACGAUUUAUCACUCGUUCCAUGCCGAAGUGGCCAAUUUCAAGCAGCAUUGGUGGAGGUGCAGAGGCAGCUGCCGAGAGCGCAGACCGUUUUUCGGUUGGGUGAAGAGAGCUUCGAACAGAGCACCUGGACCCAAUGAUUUGUGGUGGAAGCAGCAUAUGCAGAGUUGCGGAGGUCAUUUCGAGAAAGUCAAAGAACCGGAGGGAUAUGGCCAGAAAAAGAAGUCUUCUCAAAAAGCCGUGGAGGGUGCCCCCAAAAAUCGCAAGAUUGAUGAAUACUUCAACGUGUCGGGAAAGAAGGUCAAGCCAUUUGCCGGAAAAGGAAAAGCCCUCGGAGAUGCGCCGACCACUUCCAAGAACCCUCCGAUUAAAAAGAAUGGGAACGCGGCUGGAGCUUCUGGUAGCUCCUCCAACGAUAAUAUCCACAAACUUCCGACUGGGCAGACGGCCGUCCGUGGACGAGGCUCGAAGACGAUUGUGAUUAACGGAAAGCCCCCGCAAAAUGAGAAGACAGUGGAAACUCCGAGUUCAGCGCCUGCUUUCACUGGCUCAGGUCAAACCCUUGGCGGCGGAACGACUGGCGGACGUUCGCGGUUGCUCGAUCUGUUCGAGAGCAAAGAGAAGCCGGCCAGUCAGCCGAAAUGCGUGACAAUUGAGGAAGAUGAGGAGAAGCCGGGCCCAUCGAAUCGGAAGCGACCACCGGCCCUCGAGGACCGUCAGCCAGAUUCGAAGCGCCCUACACUCACCGGUGCGCCUGCUACUCUCCAAAAAUAUCAAAAGUUAUUACUGAAUCUUUCCGAACUUUGCAAUGAGCGGGACGUAGUGGCGAAAAUGAAAAAGAAUCGAGGUCGUGCACAAGAAUUGGUGCUUGUUGCGCAGAAACAGCCGAGCGAGAAACGUGAAAUGACGCCGCCUGAACGGACUAUUGACGAGCUUGUUGAAGACAUUCAAGCCGACGACCCGGAUCCGCUGCUCGAGUGCCCGGCUUGCCAAGAAUAUUUCCCGCGUUCGUUAAUCAAUGAGCAUUUGGAUCCACCUGGACCACUUGGUCUCAUUUCACUACUUGCAUUUGAUCAAUUUUCAGACUCGACCCGGAUUCUAUUCGACAAAAUGAGUGGUUCCGUUCGCAAGAGCAAGUCGCCGUCCCCGGAUCGCGCCAAAAUUAAGAAAUCGCCGAAGGUCUCGCGGCACAAAAGCCGACACAGCGUGCCGACCACCCCGAAAGUCCUGGCCAGCGCCGGCAACUUUUACCAAAGCUCCAAGGAGACGCUGGGCAAACUUUUUCAUGUCGACGGAGAGCGCAAAACGUCGAAGGAGCGCAAAACCAAGGCUCCUGCCCGUCGCCCCUCGAGGGAGAAUGAAGCCGCCAGUACCUCCCGGGAGCCUGUCACCAGCCGGGAGCAGAUGGUCUCGCUGAGCGGCAGGGUCCUCAGGAUCAUGGGCAAGAGUGCAAAAAGUGGCGGCAGUGGCAAGACACAGCGCAAACGCUCGGCCGUUGAGAAGGACCGCGAGCCGUCGGGGCGUGAACAGCGCAAAAAGAUGCCGAAGCUGGAUCUGCUGCUGAUGGGACCGACUAUGCAUGCUGCCCGGGAGACUGAGCCCGGUCACCCAAAUGCCUGCACACAGCCGUCGGCCGAGAUGGCGACUGGGAAAGAGUCUCGAGCUGAGCCGGCCGUCGUCGAGUGCUCGGGGGUGAGGCAGGUGGAGAGUAAGGAGAAGGAGAGGGAGAAGGAGAAGAAGCCGGUCGACGAGAAAGAGAAAAGCGGUCGUUCCGGCAAGAAGAAAAAGACGGCCGAGAAGAACCUGGACAACACCCAGGGCUCGGAUGACGAUGACGACUGGAAUAUGCGGACGAGCAUCCCGGAAGUGAUGGUGGAAGACCCAACCCGGUUCGAGGUGGUCGCCGUCAGCAUGCAUCCGGCCAUCGAGAAGGGCCACCAUCACGAAUUUGUGCUUCCCGAGGAGGGCGGCAAGGAGAAGUCGAAAGAUGGCGACCACCCGGCGAAGCCGCAGCCUGCC